AUGUAGAGCUAUGAAUCGAUUUACAAUACGGAAUACUGAAGGGUUUUAUAGGGAGCUUUAUAGUUAAUGAAUUUACCAGUGAUUUCUUUGUGUGAAUCUGUGUGUAAUUAUAUUUUGAUCAAGAGUCCGUGGUGAAGCUCAGAUUCUGUUUCCUCAUGGAUGACACACAAACAUCCAGAGAUGAAGAUCUUUGUCCUGAAUGCAGUUCAGUUCAUCAGAAGGGAUCAGAAAAACCAGAGCCCAGCUGUAUCUCUAUGGGGAGUCACAAGUCUAUGGAUUGGCCAUUACAGUUUAAGAAAGGAGAUACACAGUCUGAUCUCAGUUCAGUUCAUCAGAGGAUACCAGAACCCAGCUGUGUGUCUAUGAAGAGUGAUCAGUCUUUGGUUUUGCCAAUAAAUUUUAAGAGGAGAGAUCAUGGUUCAUUUCAUCAUAAGAAAUCAGAACCAAAGCCUGGCUGUGUGUCUAUGAGUGAAGGGCCUGCGAGUCCUCCACUACAUCCUAAGAGUAGAGAUACACAGACUGAUCUCAGUUAUCAAGUCCUCAGCACGUUUAGAUCAAAUCUGAAGAGGAAGUUUGAGUGUCUGUAUGAGGAAACAGCGAUGCAGGGAAACCCAACACUUCUGAAUGAGAUCUACACAGAGCUGUACAUCACAGAGAGCGAGAGUGGAGAGAUCAGUAAUGAACACGAGGUGAGACAGAUUGAGACACAAUCCAGGAGAGCAGCAACAGAGGACACACCGAUCAAAUGUAGAGACAUCUUUAGAGCUUUACCUGGACAAGACAAACCCAUCAGAACUGUGCUGACAAAGGGAGUCGCUGGCAUUGGAAAAACAGUCUCAGUGCAGAAGUUCAUCCUGGACUGGGCUGAAGGGAAAGAGAAUCAGGACGUCCAGCUCAUAUUUCCUCUUCCUUUCAGAGAGCUCAAUCUGAUGAAAGACAAAACACUCAGUCUUUCAGAUCUUCUUCAGGUCUUUUUCCCUGAAACAAAAGAAAUUGAAAUAUCCAGUGGCAAAUAUAAAGUGUUGUUCAUCUUUGAUGGUCUGGACGAGUGUCGUCUGUCUCUGGAUUUUCAGAGCGAUGUGAGGUUGUGUGAUGUAAGUGAAUCAGUCUCAGUGGAUGUGCUGCUGACGAACCUCAUUGUGGGGAAUCUGCUUCCCUCUGCUCUCAUCUGGAUCACCUCCAGACCAGCAGCAGCUGAUCUCGUCCCGUCUGAGUGUGUCCAUCGAGUGACAGAGGUACGAGGCUUCAAUGAGCCACAGAAGGAGGAAUACUUCAGGAAGAGAGUCAGUGAUCAGAGUCUGGCCGAGAGGAUCAUCUCACACCUGAAGUCAUCAAGGAGCCUCUUCAUCAUGUGCCACAUCCCAGUGUUCUGCUGGAUCUCAGCCGCUGUUCUGGAGAAGAUGUUGAGUCAAGAAGGGAGUGGAGAGAUUCCCAAGACUCUCACUCAGAUGUACACACACUUCCUGCUCCUUCAGACCAACAUCAAACAUGAGAAGGACUAUGAGAAGAAGGUGACAGAUGAAGAUAUGAUCCUCAAACUGGGGAAGCUGGCUUUUCAGCAGCUUGUGAAAGGCAACCUGAUCUUCUACGAGGAAGACCUGAGAGAGUGUGGCAUUGAUGUGACAGAAGCAUCAGUGUACUCAGGAUUGUGCACUCAGAUCUUCAGAGAGGAGUCUGGCUUGUAUCAGGGGAAAGUCUUCUGUUUCGUUCAUCUGAGCAUUCAGGAACAUCUAGCAGCUCUAUAUGUGCAUCUCUCCUGUAUAAACCACAACAGAAAUGUGUUUGAGCCAAUCACCAAGCAGAGUUUUAUAUCUAUAGUACGACAAAAUUCCUCAGAUGUUUCAUUAUCUGCUGUGCAUCAAAAAGCUGUGAAUGAGGCUCUACAGAGUAAAACUGGACAUCUGGAUCUUUUCCUGCGGUUUCUUUUGGGUCUGUCAGUGGAGUCUCACCAGAUUCUUCUACAAAGACUAAUGAAACAGACAAGAAGCAGAUCUGACAGCAAUGAGGAAACAGUUGAGUACAUUAAGAAGAAGAUCAGGACCAUUGACUGUCCAGAGAAAUCCAUCAAUCUGUUCCACUGUCUAAAUGAACUGGGUGAUCGUUCACUAGUUAAGGAAAUACAACAGUAUCUGAGAUCUGGAACAAUAAGUGAAGCCAAACUCUCUUCAUCUCAGUGGUCAGCUGUAGUUUUUGUGUUGUUGACAUCAGAGAAGAAGAUGGAUGAGUUUCAUCUUGAUAAGUUUGUUAAAAGAAGCAAAGCUGAAAAUAUGAAAGUUCUUCAGAUGCUUCUGCCAGUGGUUAAGGAAUCCAAAUCAGUUAAUUUAAGAUAUUGUGGUCUCACAGAUGAAGGUUGUGCUGCUCUGACGUCAGCUCUGAAAUCAAACCCCUCACACUUGAGAGAACUGGAUCUGUCUGGAAAUAAGCUAGAAAGUUCUGUUGGGACAGUGCUCUGUGAUCUUCAUUGUAAAUUGGAAUUACUAAAGUUGAGUCAUUGUGGUCUCACAGAUGAAGGUUGUGAUGCUCUAACUUCAGCUCUGAGAUCAAACCCUGGACACCUGAGAGUGCUGGAUCUCUCAUUAAAUAAAAUGGGAGAUUGUAAAAUGAAUCUGCUCUCUACUGUACUGAGGAAUCCUCACUUUAAACUGGAGAAACUGGGGUUGAGAAAUUGUGGCAUCACAUUUGAAGGUUGUGCUGCUCUGACUUCGGCUCUUAAAUCAAACCCUGGACACCUGAGAGUUCUGGAUCUGGCUGGGAAUAAACUAGGAGAUUGUGUGAAUCUGAUCUCUUCUGUACUGGAAGAUCCUCCCUGUAAACUACAGAUACUGUGGUUGUGUGAUUGUGGUAUCACAGAUGAAGGUUGUACUGCUCUGGCUUCAGCUCUGAGAUCAAACCCUUCACACCUGAGACAAUUGGGUCUUUCAGGGAAUGAACUAACAGGUGUUGGUGUGAAGCUGCUUUCUGAUCUAAAGGAUGAUCAACAUUAUGAACUGAAAGUAUUUUUCUAUUGACUCUCAGUAUUUAGAUGUCAGUCCAGUUUCUUGUGGAUCAGCUGAUGGUAACGAAGCACUACAGAAACACAGUCACACAAUCAACAGAGACUGAAGACAGAGACACACAGUGGUCACACUGAGUUCACAUCGUUUUCUUUUUUGCGUCUUUUGUGGGUCUGUUCUUUUGAAUAACUGAUGUCAUCAAAUUUUCACGAAUAUCUGUUAAGUCAUCUGCACACAGCCAAGCUGCUCAAAAUUCGAUGUAAUGCAGGACAAAAGCCAGACUAAUAUUUGUAUCUGUGUAAAUGCAUUUAUGCCACCUCUGAGCAGCAUUAAACAGUCUGUGUAAAGGCACACAAAUGCCAGUACUUCUGUGCCACCUUUGCAUUAUAAAUUUGCCAACAGAGGACCUGAAUGUAUUAUUUGGGGUUGUUUUGAAUUUGCUGUAUUGAUCACAACGUACACUUACACUCAAAAACACUCAGUAACACUCUAUAUACACUACAAGCAUGUGAGAAUGAGAUUCAUUCAUGAAUAACACUUUCUUUUUACAUAUUAACUUUCAGCGUAAUUUAGUAUAAUAUGACAAUUUUACAUCAGGGAGCCUGACUACUGAAUAGAAAUAAAUAUUUUAAAUGUUACCGUUUUUACCUAUAAUAUAAACUUCUGGAAAACAUUUUAUUGUUUACCUAUUUUAUAUAUGUGAUAUAUACAUUUAACUUUAUAUAUUACAUUUAACUGAUCUAUUAAAGUGGACAGAUUACUGAAAUAUUUCCUUAGGCCUAUCUGGUUGAAUAGUGCUUACUAAACUGGAGUCUUUGUCUGGAUUUAUCUACUCUACAUGAUCCUUCCCUUUUCUGACAAGAAAAUAAAGUUACUAAAUUGCAGUAGAAUUUUAAUAAUGUAGGCAAAAUGUUUUUUUUUGUUGUUGUUUUUUUUUUUUUGCAGUGUGAUUUCUUUAUGCACUUGAAUGAUCUGGUUUUCAUGGAAUCAUUCCAUACUUGAAGUUACUGUGUAGUUAACAUUCACUCCACAUAACUAUUUGGAAUAACUGCUCUAUCAUAUUUAGAAUAAAAACUUUGUUUAAUGAUUGGAUGGCUCGAAGUAUGUAUGAUUGUAUAUUUUCACUUUCCUUUUUUGAUUUUGGAUCAAACCAUUACAGCUUCAGAUUACGAGGUUUUGAAUGACUGAAAAAUGUCAUUUGUAUGAAGUUAAACAGUGUAAAAACAUCUUAAAAAUAAACCAAAAUUG